UACAACCGCUACCAGCGCUAUGGGGCCGAGGAGUGUGUGCUGCAGAUGGGAGGAGUGCUGUGUCCAACUCCCGGCUGUGGAGCGGGUUUGCUUCCUGAACCAGGAGUGAGGAAAAUUGUAUGUGAACCAGGCAACGGAAUAGGCUGUGGGUUUGUGUUCUGCCGUGAAUGUAAAGAGGAAUACCAUGAAGGGGAAUGCAGCUCUCUCCUCAGCACGCAGGGAGCCAUGGCCCAGAAGUAUAGAAUUGAUGAACGUGCAGCCAUGCAAGCUCGAUGGGAAGAGGCAUCUAAAGAAACAAUCAAGAAGACAACCAAGCCAUGCCCCAGCUGCAAUAUUCCAGUAGAAAAAAAUGGUGGCUGCAUGCACAUGAAAUGCCCUCGCCCUCAGUGUAGAUUUGAGUGGUGCUGGAACUGUGGCCUGGAGUGGAACAGAACCUGCAUGGGAGAUCACUGGUUUGAUUAGUGGUGCUGAGGCCAGCCCAUGUUGCUGCUAAAGCUUGUUUUCAUCAGAGCCAAAUUCUGUACUCCUUGCUUAAACAAAACUCCCAGUGGUUUCAGGGACACAGAGUGUAGAAGUUGGCCCAGUUUGUUGGUUUUUGCUUACUCGCAUAUGCAAUCAUACCAAAAUCACACUGAAGUUAUGCCAAGGGUUUUAAAUCCACUAAGUAAAAAGAGUAAUUGUUUUAAUGAACAGACUUGCUCAUCAUGGUACAAAGAGGGGUAAAUUAGACCAUUCUGAACUUUUGCAGUCUGUCAGCAUGGAGAGCAGAUGGGGUCACCAUGAGGAACUUUGCUUGACAUUUAUAGUCAGGAAUCUGCAACUCUUGCAAGAGAGAGCAGCCUGCAUAUGUUUGUGUGAGUGCAUGAGCACCAAGGGGGUGGAGGAUGUUCCCUGCAUCAGCUG